AACUGACUUCCCAUCUUCUUUCCUCAUUCUCCAACGAGAAAUUGAGCACCUAUAGAGAAGACAGGGAAAGCACAAACUCGUUAUUGUUUUUCCUGAAAUCCCGGUUACAGAGUAAUUUUUUCCUAUAGUGGACGAGGAGAUACUUUACACAAAUAAGGGAUCGAUUUUCUGAGGAGGAAACAUGGUGGAAGGAAGCAGAGAAGAUAUAAUUGUAUCUCUCCGGCUUGCAUCUCUGCUGGAGAGAUUAAACUCUCCUCUUCUGAGAGAGUUCGGAUUUGUGUGGGGUAUUGAGGACGAGUUGGCUGAGCUCUGUGAUGCAUUUGAGAGUAUUCAAACAAUGCUGGAUUUUGCAGAGAAUGCUCAAAGAAGGAAUCACGUAGUGAAACGCUGGCUCAAAAAACUAAGAAAUAUGGCUUACGACCUGGACAACGAGCUGGACGAGUUCAUCUAUGAAGCAAUCAGAGAGAAAAAUCAGGCAGGUCAAAGUAGAAGGAAGAGAAAGGAAACACACUAAUUUUCAUUCGAUUUCAAUCAAAACCAAAUUUUACAUCAGCAUGAAAUCGCACCCCGUCUAAAUAAAUUUCAGAAGAAGAUAGAUGAGAUCAGAGUAGAAUUGAACCUUACUCCUUGAAAGGUUCAGAAAUAAAGCUGCAAUACCAUUUAACCGAGGAACCAAGGACUAGUUCCUUAAUGGACCAAUCUCUUAUUCUUAAUAGAAAUGAAGAUCUGGAUGCUGUGAAAACCCAGCUGUUGUCUAAUACUCAUCAAACCAACAAUCGAAAAAAUGCUCCUGUUGUUGCCAUAGUGGGUAUGGGUGGGCUUGGCAAGACAACACUCGCUCAGCUUCUUUACAACGAUUCAAAUGUGAAGGACUACUUUCCAACAAGAGCAUGGGUUUGUGUGUCCAACGAUUUUAACGUAGAGAGAUUAAGCAAAGAAAUUUUAGAAUCAACAUCUGGGUCUGCUUGUAAGCUUGAGAAUCUUGAUCAAAUUCAACGUAAACUUGAAGAAAGGUUGGGAGGGAAUAGAUUUCUACUUGUCUUAGAUGAUGUUUGGAGCGAGAAGCCACGAGAUUGGGAGGCCCUAAGAGUUCCAUUCAGAAUUGCAGAGAAAGGGAGCAGGAUUAUCGUGACCACUCGGAGUCGUAAAACUGUUUCAUCCAUCAGAGACACUAUUUAUGCUCAUGAUCUGCAAAUUUUAUCUAAUGAAAGCUGUUGGGAACUGAUAAAAAGGCGUGCAUUUGCGGAAGAAACAAUGCUUUCUGUCGAACCUGGCCUAGAAGCAAUUGGGAGGGAAGUUGCAAAGAAGUGCAAAGGGUUACCUCUGGCAGCAAGUACAAUCGGAAGCCUUCUGUAUUCAUCUAAGCCAGAUGUGGAAGAGUGGGAGAAUAUAUUGCAGAGCGACAUGUGGAAUUCAGAAGGAGAUGAUGAAUUGCCAGCUUCUCUUAGCUUGAGCUACCAUUAUCUCCCACUCCAUCUUAAGCACUGCUUCGCGUAUUGUUCUCUAUUCCCCAAAGAUCAUGAAUUUGAUAAAAAACAUCUGGUUCAAAUGUGGAUUGCAGAAGGCUUUGUUCUACCUGCUAAACAGGACAAAAGAUUAUUGGGAGCCGUGGGUGGUCAGUAUUUUGAUGAUUUAUGCCAUCGAUCUUUCUUUCAAUACAUUAAUGGAAAGUUUGUGAUGCAUGAUCUUAUACAUGAUUUAGCAGGAUUAGUCUCAGGAGAAAUAUACUGUAGAAUUGGCAGUUCUGGCAAGUACUCGUUUGAAAUCUCUAAAAAUACUCGUCAUUUGUCAUUGCCAAACGAUGAAGAGCAUCUGAGGAAUGUGGAAUCCGCCCAUGAAUCUAAAUGUCUAUCCACGUUGAUGGUUGGGAUUAUUGAGAGUGCUGGUUGGACUGAUAAAGAGAAUAUAGAUGAUAUCUUAAAUUCCAUGCUCCCCAAGAAGGCCCCUGUAGGUCUAUGGGAAAACCUGAGAUGCUUACGCGUGUUAAGCCUGAGUGGUGCAGGGAUAAAUGAAAUACCCGAAUCGAUUGGCAAUUUGAAACAUCUGCGCUACAUUAACCUUUCGUCGUUUUGGGUUACAGAAUUACCCGAGUCAAUAUGUAAGCUCUACCAUUUGGAAAUAUUGAUACAGGAUGAUUGCUUAAUGAAAAUGGCCCGCUUGCCACAAGGAAUCGGAAGAUUGAGUUGUCUCAAGACAAUGCCUCAUUUUCCGGUGGCCAAAGACGGUGGCGGUGCAGGGUUAGGAGAAUUGAAGGGGUUACAGUGCCUUGAGGGAGCCCUCUGCAUCCAUGGAUUACAUAAUGUGUCAAAUGUUGCGGAGGCUACGGAAGUUAAUUUGAGGGAUAGGUCAAGAAUCCACGAGUUGGAGCUUUGCUUUGGUGAUGGACCUGACCUUUUCUUGGAGCUUUUUGAUAAAGCUCAGGCCCGUGAUGUUCAGAGUGACAAGGGAAUGGAUGCUGAGGUGCUUGAAGCCUUGCAGCCUCACACAGAGCUGAGGCGUCUCGAGAUAGACCGUUAUUGCGGUGACAAUUUCCCCCCGUGGAUGAUGAACGGCCUGUCGCGUUACAGGAAGCUGGUUUCUGUGCGUCUCGGGAGUUGCUACAAGUGCCGCUCUCUUCCACCUCUUGGCCAGCUGCCUUUACUAGAAUCCCUCACUCUUGAGUGGAUAGUUGAAGUGGAGGAAUGGCCUGGAGCAGAGAGCGGUGAAUUUCUUUGCCUCCAAAGGUUAAAAAUUAUUAAUUGUCAGAAGCUCAGGCAACUUCACCCAGCUCUUGGAUCGAUUCCUAAACUAAGUUUACUGAAGAUAAGCGGUUGUCCUGGUCUUACUUCCUUGCCCAACCCGGGACUGAUCAACCUCACCUCUCUCAAGGAUUUAACCAUUACAGAUUGCUCUGAUACAUUGAAACGACAGCUUCUGGAUGAGGGUUUUCCGCUCUGUCUUACACACCUUGAAAUUGACAGUGAGGUAUUGAUGGCCCUACCCAGUAGGGGCCUACGAGACCUAUCCUGCCUGGAGGAAUUGGAACUCAGAGAACCAACACAGGAUUCAGGUGAAGAUAUCUCAGAUUUCGGCUAUGAUCUUUCUGAUGUAUGGGGAGUUCAAGAUAUCUCGGAUUUCGGCUAUAAUCUUGGGGAUGAAUGGGGAGUCAUCGAACCAACGGAGGAUUCUCGGGAUCUUGAGGAAGGUAAUCCUACUAAAAAGUUUUUGCCAAAGCUGCCCACCAACCUUCGCCGUUUUCUGGUUAACAACGAAGACUGCACACACUAUCUUCAUAGUCAAGAGCGCAGAGAAGAAGAGGAAAUUAAGUCCCCAAAGAUUUCAUGAGUCGCUGUUUUCUGCUUUAUGCCUCUAUCUAUGUGGUGCUACUGUUUUCACUUCAACUUCUUAAUAGAUCUUUGGUGGUAGAACUCUGAAUAAGGAAACAAAAGUUGAUCAUUGGCCAGUUUAGAUGAUAGGAUGAGGUCAUAGGGAAGAAGUUGCAUGCAGAUCUUGCAAAGAGUUUAUGUUGUCAAGAUCAAAAUCAAAGUCUGAAUUUGGCAACCUUGCGUUUGCAUUUGCUACAGACUACAACAGACCUCAUCUCUGGCUUCAAAUUCUGUUCAUGUUUGUGCUUGGUUUGGUAGAUAAAAUAAGAGAGAAAUAGAAAGCUGUGCUUCAAAUUCUUCUAA